AUGGGCAUUCCUGGACUUGCCAGACGCUCUGAACCAUACGCAGAAUGUCAGUCUGCCCAGCAUCUGGAAGGUUACCAGGCAGUUGUCGAUGGUCCUUCACUCGCCUACCAUGCUCACAAACUGGCACUCUCCGGCUCGCCAAGAGUUCCUUCGUAUGCCGAUGUCAACAACGAAGCCAUUUGCUGGCUGAAUUCGCUUGAGGCUGCCAACAUCAAGGUAUCCAAGAUUGUAUUUGAUGGCGCUCUGCCUGCUUCUAAACGGAAUGAGCGAGUUCAUCGACUAGAGCAGAAUAAUUCCAGGGUUCGCAAUUAUCGGGUUCAGUAUCCUACAUCAUCUUGCCCAGUGCCAACAUACCUCGGAUCGAUCUUGCAUGCAUUCCUGGCUCCUUCGCUAAGAGAGGCUUUGCUCGAUACCCCGUUCGCGUCAAGGACCCGUAUCGAGCCUGGAGAGGCUGAUGAUUGGUGCGCUCUGCAUGCCAGAGACCAUGCUCGCUCGAUCAUCUUCACGAGUGACACGGACCUGCUUCUCUACAGCUACCCUGCAGAAACCCUUGUCGUCUUCUAUCAAGAUGCCGAUGUCACAACAGGGUUCAAGUCAUACUGUCCCGAGCAGAUACGCAAGCGACUUCAGCUAGACAGUCUAGCGCAAUUCGCAUUUGCCAUAACUCGAGAACCGUCACAUACGUCAGAUGACUUGCUUCGCGAUGCUCGCGCACAAGAUCUGUUAUCUGAAACAUACCUUGAGUUCAGCGGACGUUAUGCUGGGCGGACUAUGGUUCCAAGCCACUUUGCAAAAGAGAGUGGUCUACCAUUACCGCUUCAGAGCCUGGAUGUCAGGAUAUCCGAGUUUGUACAUCAGGCCCUCGAGAACUCGCCAACGCCCCUGGUGUAUCUACCCUUGCUCGUCGAGGAUCCGAAUCAAUCCUCCGCGUGGAGUUCAGGCCUUGACUUCCGCAAGGUCGCAUACUCGCUCCUCGCUCCAAGUACUUCAAUCGUACACGAGUAUCGGCGCAAAGCUCAAGGCGUCGCAGUACAAGAGAUCGUACCGAGCACAGCAGACUUUUCAACCUCUGAUAUGUUAGCGCAUAUUAGUGGUGUCUCGAAAUGGGCAGCAGACCGCAGUCUGGCUCCAGGGAUGAUGUGGCCGCUCUUCGCUCUGAGCAUUGUUCUUCUCGAUUCCAAAACAACACCAUCAACGACUGUUGUUUUACGCAUGCUCAAUGGUGAUUUUGACAACUCUUGGGACUUUAUCCAUCUUACGGCCCGACUGCAAGCGGUUUUAUACUCACUACGCAUGCUUCAACAAGUUAUUGCUGUUCACCAAGCCAUACACGGGACCAAUGGUAGUGCCGAUGACACACCCCUGCAGUUAACUAAACUACUGGCAAACAUGCCAUCGAUAGCCGAGUUGUUCACGGUCCCAGGACAGUCAAGAAAGCUGCUGGCCGAUCACGAGCGACUGAAACUCAUGGUCGAGGAGAUAUACGUUGCUUCUGGAGUUGAGAUACCCACUGAGCACAUCUCGAACAAGAAGAAAAAGAAACAAUCGAAAGAGGCAGAGAGGAAAAAAAAGAAGCAAGAGCAACGCCAGCAGGCCAAGCCUCAGCAUUCGAACGUCUUCGCCAUGCUCGACGGCAAUUAG